CGGUCCUCCCCCGACCCCUCCUUCCACCCGCCGAGACGAUGCGCUCCCCGGCGCCCAGCAGCGGAGGCCACCGCUCCCAGAAAUGCACGCGCCCGAGCCCCAUUUCCCGGACCCCAGGAGCCGGCGCCCCCGCCCUGUAGGGUUAUGACUCCCUGAUUAAAAAGAAGGACUUUUUCAAAUACUUUGCACUUUCGAUUGUGUAUUAUGGAUACCAAGGAAGAGAAGAAGGAACGGAAACAAAGUUAUUUUGCUCGAUUGAAAAAGAAAAAACAAGCCAAACAAAAUGCAGAGACAGCCUCAGCUAUAGCUACAAGGACUCAUACUGGGAAGGAAGAUGCUAAUACAGUAGUUUUAGAUCAAGACAAGUGCAACAUUGCUGUGGAAGAAGAAUAUAUUACUGAUGAGAAAAAAAAGAGAAAAAGUAAUCAGUUAAAGGAGAUCAGGCGUACAGAACUAAAGAGAUAUUAUAGCAUUGAUGACAGUCAAAACAAAACACAUGAUAAAAAAGAGAAGAAGAUGGUGGUUCAGAAGCCAAAAGGGACCAUGGAAUACACUGCUGGAAGCCAGGACACCCUAAACUCCAUAGCACUGAAAUUUAACAUCACUCCCAAUAAAUUGGUGGAACUGAAUAAACUUUUCACACAUACUAUUGUUCCAGGCCAGGUCCUUUUUGUGCCAGAUGCCAACUCUCCUUCCAGUACCUUAAGGCUGUCAUCAUCCAGUCCUGGUGCUACUGUUUCUCCUUCAUCAUCAGAUGCAGAAUAUGAUAAACUGCCUGAUGCUGACUUAGCACGAAAGGCCUUAAAACCCAUUGAAAGAGUGUUAUCAUCUACUUCUGAAGAAGAUGAGCCAGGUGUGGUGAAAUUUUUAAAAAUGAAUUGUCGAUACUUCACCGAUGGAAAGGGUGUGGUUGGCGGUGUCAUGAUUGUCACUCCUAACAACAUCAUGUUUGACCCUCAUAAGUCCGAUCCUCUGGUUAUUGAAAAUGGGUGUGAGGAGUAUGGCCUCAUAUGCCCCAUGGAAGAGGUUGUUUCCAUUGCUCUCUACAACGACAUUUCUCACAUGAAGAUCAAAGAUGCCUUGCCAUCUGACCUACCUCAGGAUCUUUGUCCUCUGUACAGGCCUGGAGAAUGGGAAGACCUGGCAUCAGAAAAGGAUAUCAACCCAUUCAGUAAGUUCAAAUCUAUCAAUAAGGAAAAACGACAGCAGAAUGGAGAAAGAAGCAUGACUUUGGAUCCCAAACCAACAGGACCUUUGGAGAAGUCCACAGAACCUACACCUACAAAGCCCUCAGGUGGCUCUGUGUCAGAGAAAUUAAAGAAACUAGAAUCCUCUAGGGAGACAUCCAGUAGCUCUCCCACAGUGACUAUGCUCAGCAAGGAGCCUUCCGACACUUCUGCUGCAUUUGAACUUACAGCCAAAGAAAACUCCUUUCUAGGGGAAGAUGAGGACUUUGUUGACUUGGAAGAACUUUCUUCUCAGACUGAUGGUGGAAUGGACAAAAAAGACACCUUGAAGGAGUGCCUUUCUCUUGACCCAGAAGAACGAAAGAAGGCUGAGUUACAAAUUAAUAAUUCUGCCAUGGAAAUGCAGGUGCAGUCAGCCCUACACUUUUUGGGAACAGAGAAUGAUGUUGAACUGAAAAGAGCACUAGAUUUAGAAACCUGUGAAAAGCAAGAUAUAAUGCCAGAAGUGGACAAGCAGUCUGGUUCACCAGAAAGCCAAGUAGAAAACACACUGAACAUACAUGAAGAUCUAGAUAAAGUUAAACUCAUUGAAUAUUACCUAAAUAAAAGCAAAGAAGGGUCACAGGUAUCUGAAAAUUUGCAGAAAACAGAAUUAAGUGAUGGAAAAAGUUUUGAACCAGGGGGAAUAGACAUUACCCUUAGUAGUUCUCUUUCUCAGACAGGUAAUCUCCUAACUGAGGGCAAUAAAGAGCCAGAUAAGACCUGGGUGAAAGAGAGAGAGCCCCUCCUGGUAAAACUAAACUCUUCUACAGAAGAAAAUGUGAUUAAAGAGGCUCUAGACCCCUCAUUGAAAUCUACUCUGGACAACAGCUGUCAAGGUGCACAAAUGGAUAAUAAAUCUGAAGUUCAGUUGUGGCUGUUAAAGAGAAUUCAGGUGCCCAUUGAAGAUAUACUUCCUUCAAAAGAAGAAAAAAGCAAGACCCCACCCAUGUUCCUGUGCAUCAAAGUGGGAAAACCAAUGAGAAAAUCCUUUGCCACUCACACUGCAGCCAUGGUCCAGCAGUACGGCAAACGAAGAAAGCAGCCAGAGUACUGGUUUGCUGUUCCCCGGGAGAGGGUGGAUCAUUUGUACACAUUCUUUGUUCAGUGGUCUCCUGAUGUCUAUGGGAAAGAUGCCAAAGAGCAAGGCUUUGUGGUGGUGGAGAAGGAAGAACUGAACAUGAUCGACAACUUCUUCAGUGAGCCAACAACCAAGAGCUGGGAGAUCAUCACCGUUGAGGAGGCAAAGCGCAGGAAGAGCACGUGCAGCUACUAUGAAGACGAGGACGAGGAGGUGCUGCCUGUCCUGCGGCCCCCCAGCGCGCUGCUGGAGAACAUGCACAUUGAGCAGCUGGCCCGACGCCUUCCUGCAAGGGUGCAAGGGUAUCCAUGGAGACUGGCCUAUAGCACAUUAGAGCACGGGACCAGCUUGAAGACACUCUACCGGAAAUCGGCGUCACUAGACAGUCCUGUCCUAUUGGUCAUCAAAGAUAUGGAUAAUCAGAUUUUUGGAGCAUAUGCGACUCAUCCUUUCAAGUUCAGUGACCACUAUUAUGGCACAGGCGAAACUUUUCUCUACACAUUCAGCCCUCAUUUCAAGGUCUUUAAGUGGAGUGGAGAAAAUUCGUAUUUUAUCAAUGGAGACAUAAGUUCUUUAGAACUUGGUGGUGGAGGGGGACGAUUUGGUUUAUGGCUAGAUGCUGAUUUAUACCAUGGACGAAGCAACUCUUGCAGCACUUUCAAUAAUGAUAUUCUUUCCAAAAAGGAAGACUUCAUAGUUCAGGAUCUAGAAGUGUGGGCAUUCGAGUGAAAUUUAGACUGCCUUAAAAUAUAACAUUAAAAAUACUGGAUUCGAUCAGCCUUCCUAAAGCUGGCUGGAAGAAGAUGCCCCAGCCCAGGCUGCCUCAUCCCACCCAAUGCUUCCUUUCCGCCAUCAUCUCAGAGCAUGAGCACAUUGCAGAAAGAUUCUGGAAGGUACAUGUGGAGGGCAGACAUGGAAGAAAGAAAUUUGAAAUCCAGGUUGUGGAAAGACUUUGGACUUACACUUCCUUCAAAUCCAUACAGUGAGGAAUCAGAGUGUUUAUAGGUAUGAGUUGAAUGCAAUUUUUAUUUUUGGUAACUGUGAAAAAAAAGAUACUGUGGAUAUAUACAUGCCUUGUGUAUUUAUCAGCAUAAUUUUCAUUACCAAAAUGUACAGCUGUUAUUUGCCAUGGAAAAAGUUAGUCUCUUUAGAAAAAUGGGAAGUGCACAGCACUUAAAGGGAAUAUAUGAGAUUUUUUUUAAAGAAAAUUUUAUUUAUUACUGUAUAUUGUCUGAAAUGUGUUGGCAGUUUUUUUUUUCUUUUAAUGUGUCAAAUCUUGAAAUAUUAAAUGAAUACAUUUUGUGCUAUGUUUUGGGAACAAAUCUUUGAUUUAUAUAGUUUUAUAUUGAAUUUUUUUUGCCCUGAUUGUUUAGGGUGAUAGGUCUUAAGCAGCAUAUGUCUAUAUAUCUGUAUGUGGAUAUAUAGAGAUAGAUGUGUGUGUAGGAAUAUGUACAUAUACAUAUAUAUGAGUGUAUAAUUCUAAAUUUCUAAAAAUUCAUUAUGAAUGUUCAUCAAUUUGACUAUUAUAGGCCAGCUUUCCAUUUAGUCAAAAAAAGGGUACAUUUUUAGUUAACGUACCUUGAAAAUAUUUGUGUGAAGAAAAAUAAACCAUUUCUCACAGUCUUAAGUUCAUAUUUAUAGAAAUGAAAACCUUUGUGAACCUAGACUUAGAACAAAUUCGGCUUUUGAAAAGAAAAUGUUUUGCUUCUUAUAAGAUCAUUUGUGUUAAUAACAAAAACUUUAUUUUCGUAGUGUUCUUUGUAUAACUUUUUCAAGCUUUUACAUUAACGAGCAGGCCUCUGUCUUAAAAGUGACUCAGUGUAUUAAUUUCUGCAUUUUUAAAAUCCAAUGAAAAAACAUCAAAUUGGACCAAUUGUCUUGGUUUCUAGACUCAUUUAUUUGAGAAAAAAACAAUACAAAGAAAUGCAUUCAUAUUAAAAUUGGAAUAGAAAGGAAAACCUAUUUUUAAGAUAUCAGCCUAUUUUGACAUGACAAAACAUCUAUUAAAUAAUAAUAAAGGGCUGGGGGCUGUGGCUCACGGAUGUAAUCUCAGCACUGUGGGAGGCCAAGGUGGGUGGAUGUGGGAGGUCAAGGCGAGUAGAUCAUUUGAGGUCACCAGUUUGAGACCAGCCUGGCCAACUUGAUGAAAUCCUGUCUCUACUGAAAGUAUUAGCUAGGGGUGUGGCAGGUGCGUGUAAUCCCAGCUACUCAGGAGGCUGAGGCAGGAGAAUUGCUUGAACCUGGGAGGCAGAGGUUGCAGUGAGCCAAGAUCACGCCACUGCACUCCAGCCUGGAUGACGGUGAGACUCUGUCUCAAAAAUAAUAAUAGUAAAGAUUUACUUAACCAAUAUUAUUGAUUUUUAUGAAAGCCAAAGACUGGUUGCUAGUGGGAAAAAUUUUCAGGUAAUAGCCAAAGCUUCAAAAUGGUCUGUCAUAAAUUAUUUCCCCAGUAAUUUUUGAAAGGAAAAAUUUAUAACAAGUACUAUUUACAUAGCUGCAUUUAAAAAAAAAUCUUAGAAUAUUUCCUUUACAUUAUUCUCCUGUUUUAGACAAUUUGUAAAAGAGAAAAGAUUGUCCAAUGGCCUCCUAUCAGAUCAACAAUUAUUAUACCCACUUAUAUUCCAUGCACAUUUAAAUGAAUGCUAUAAAAUUUUAAAUCUGUAGCCUGAGUGUACAUUGCACUCAAGUUCUACUGAGAACUGAGUAUACUGGCAGUUUUACCUUAACCUGCUUGUUAAAUAAUGUGUUGGUGUGAGAUAUCAGGAAUGUCUCAUGAUAUGUUUACCAUUUAUACCAUCUGCAACCAUAUGCUAUUAAUAAAUAAAAUGGAAAAAAACAAAAUGGUCAUUUUGCAUAUACUUCACUCUGACCUAGUUUAGUCCAUGAUACUAUACUUGUGAGAGCAUAUCCAGAUGCUGUGUUCUCUAUGUAAAACAGUAUUGUCCAUUCAGAAGAAAUGUGUGACCCUUCAUUUAUGGAUAUUGACUAUAUGUAAUGCAGUGCUAUCCCAAUAUUUUCAAUAAAGGAAUUUAUGCAUUCAGUGA